AUGUUAUGCCGGAUCCUUCUUCAGUAUUACAUCCAUCCAAGGUACCAAGUUAACCGUGGAUGUCUACUGCAUCCAGCAUUUGUCCCCGUCAAGAAGAGAAGAGAAGAAAUGCCCCGCUCCGACGAGGCAGAAUGGUGGAUCAACGCCGUCUACGCCGCUGUCCAGGAGAUUCCGCACGGCAGAGUCACUUCCUACGGACACAUAGCACGCUUACUGGGUCAACCCCAACGACCCCGACAAGUCGGCAUAUCCCUAAAGCAUCUCCCCCGGAACCCAUCAGAGUACUUCAACAUCGACAACGUCCCGUGGCAGAGAGUGAUUAAUUCCAAGGGGAUGAUUUCUCAUCGGUACGUACGCACUAAUCAAAGGAAAACUAGCAUAGUACAAUGGGUGGUCCGACUGGAGGACGGCUUGGGACUUAAUCAGAUUGCUGAUGGAAAUAUUGAUAAAGAGAGCCCGGGGCCGCGGAGCGUCAGGCGGAGGUUCUUCGGCAGGAGGGCGUCGAUGUGCAGACAGAUAGCAUGGGGGAGAUGUAUGUGGAUUUGGAUCGGUAUGGGUGGUUUCCGAGGAUGCUGCCUAGUGAGGAGGGUAGUGAGGAUAACAGUGAAGGUGAGGAUCAAUCCUGAAGGAUGGAUGGUGUCGAGGAAUCUGUAUCUAUAUGUAUGGACAUUAAGAUGAACACUUGAAUGUAUCUGCCAGGACCAGUUCUAUCAAACGAAUGUAUAGCAUACUACCCCGUACAGCAAGAUCUAUUCAAUUAAACCAGAACAAAAAGAAACAACGGCAGCAAUAUUUUAUCCCUUCCACACCGAGACACCUACUAAAUGCGUCUAUAACAGACCAGAAGACAUCUCCAUCGCAUCGCAUCGCAUCUCAUUUUCAUUCAUUCAUAUCCACAGGUACCGGGACUUGCGUAUAGGACGGACUGGCACUGUAUCCGUCCAUAUUCCACAAUGGACAUGCAACAGCCAGCAAACCAACGCCUGGUAUAAUACCUCUGUGGUGACUCUUAAGGUAAACAGACAUAUCCAAAAAGAAAGGAGGGAAAAAAAAAAAA